AUGUCCACGGAGGGCGAGUCUCCAGAUCUACCCCGUAAGUCACAUCGCACUUCGCGGGCAUGUGACAGAUGUCGUCGACAAAAACUCAAGUGUGAUAGCUCUAGGCCAUGUGUGCUGUGUACCCAUGCUGGACAUGAAUGCGAGACCUCUCAACGUGUAGCACGGCGCACUCGCAGACGGAACCUAGGCAGGGAUCCCCACAAGCCUAUUAGGGUGCACAAAGUAAUCGCACCAGCGAUACAUAAAAAUGACCUUACCUUGCCUGCAGGCUUGGGGAUUGCAGAGAUAUCAGAUGCGACGGAGAGCUCGGCUUCCUACGCAGACCACUCGCCAAAAGAACCACAGUCUGGUGCGAAUGCUUCGGCGAUUGACUUUGCCAGGCGAGUCUUCAACGAGGAAGAAGCUGGUCGGACCCUGACCGGUGCAUCAAUCCCCGGUGAUACAGGAGCUCCAAGGGUAGAUAACUCAUUGUGGCAUUUAACAGAGGUGGAACUCCCACCACAGCCUGUGAUGCUAGCAUUGAUUGAUGCCUACUUCGACCGAAUGCAAUGGUUUGUGAUAUUAUUCCAUGAAACAUCUUUCCGACAUACCGCGCGCAGGAUAAUUUCCCGCAAUGCGUGGCGACGCCAAGAUCUCAGCCCUACCAUGGCUGUGCUGGCAGUUGCCAUGAUCGGUUUACAGUCUGUGCUACCCGAUCAAAAGUGGUCCGGGCAUGAGCUGCUGCGUGGAUAUUCUAUUGAUGGGGUGAAGCUGAUGCAUGGAUUCAUCAAUGAGAUACGGCGGAAUCUGCUUGAUAUCUCGGUCGACUGUCGCAUUGAAGCUGUUCAGGUUUGUUUUUUGGUGUCUUCGUAUUAUGUCUACCAUAACUCGCCGAGUAUUGCUUGGACCGUAUCGGGUAUGGCUGUGAGGUCUGCCUAUGCUCUGGAUUUGUAUACAAGGCCCUCGCAGGAUGAGAAUCCAGUUGUGGAUGCGAUUCGCUCUCGUUGCUGGAACCAUGCUAUUGUCGGCGAUACAUUUACAUCUAUCAUCUAUGGACGCCCGUCGUCUAUAGACACUGGGCUUGUCGCUCUACAUCCAAUAAGAGAUAUGGAUGACUUGGCACUCGAUCCCCUGCUUUUGGAAAAUGAAUGGAUUGCUGCAGCUGGGAGCCCAACAACUACAGCUGGCUUUUUCACCAUGAAGUACGAGCUUUACAACAUCAUCCGACAUAUACUUUCCCGACUUCGGCGUCUUCAACUGAGGAAGGAAACUACAGAAGAGGACCUGGAGGCAAUUGCAGAAGCUUCACAAGAUUCAGAGACACAGCUGAUCUGCUGGCGGAGAAGAGUUCCUCGGUUAUUUGAUUUUGAAUUUUGGGGCAGCGAGAAUCGACUACAACUGUUCCAGCAACAGAUCGAAGCAAUGCCUCAGCGUGCAAAAUGCCAGGCAGAAACCAUCAUAUUACAGGCCGCAUGUCUCCAAUUGACAUACGAUGGAGCAUUGAUACAAGCCCGUCGGCCUCUACUAGAACAAAAGAUUUCCAGUGCUUGUUCACGCUCGGUUGUGGAGGCAAUCCGUCAAUCAUUGAGGGUAGCUACGGCAGCUGCACUCCGAAUAUCCCGCAUUCCAGUCCUUCGCUUCAAGCACCAUUUCGCCGAAUCCUUCGCUUCUCUGCAACAAUUCACGGCAGGCGUUAUCCUCUGUAUUACACCAACCAACCAGCCUUUUACUACUGCCGCGCACGAAGCCAAGGCUGGUAUCUUGCGGAUUAUACAUGCCAGUACGGCAUUUGGGCCUCACAAUCGUAUAGCUAAGCAGACUGCACAGCUGCUAACAGAGCUGCUGAAGGUGACCAUUGAGCGGGAGAUGUCCGGUGCACUGAGAGGAGUCGAGCCAGGUGCUAGUAUUGACUCAAGUGUUCAACAGUCCAAUGAAGGCCCCAGUGGCUCCCAGCCAUUGCCCAUCCGAGAAUCCUUUCUUGAUAGCCCCUCAACAUCAACCCACCCACUGCACCAUCCCCGGCAACCCCAAGAUAUAUCUCGAAUCCUUGACCCCAGCAAGGCCAACGAUCAGCUGACCCAGGCGUCGGAAUCCUCGGAAUAUCCAUCUGCAAACAUCUUCGAACAACUCGAUGAUACAUUCGGGGCUUUCGGUGAACUAGUGCUUGGAACUGGGGGCGGACAUUCCCCUAGACACUCAGAAUUGUAUGAACGGAUACACCUCGAUCAUGAGAUCGUCAAUCAAAUUGAAGCCCAAGUACGCUCCGAGCACAACGAUAGGGACGAAGAAAUGUCUUAUGAACACCAGGAUCAAGACCACAGCGGUGAAUAA